CAACGAACAGCGUGCAUAUGGGGCUUUUAUUCUUUCAUUCAUGUAUAGAUUUCUGGCAUAUAGCGGUUUAAGAGGGUAAAUAAUCUCUCAAAACCCGAAAAGCAUAAUUAAGAAAAAUUCUGUGAUUGCAAUUGCGGUUGGAACGAAAACCAGCACACAAGAGGGUUCCCAACGACCGAGUUUCAGAACCACUGUUCGACUGAAUAUGUAGUAGACAUGUAGAAACACACCUCUCCGAACGCAUGAGAUCCCGCAGCUGUACUACACGGAAUGGCAUGACAUAUAGACUGUCAAGUACUGUAACACGUUAUACAGGUUCUCGGUCGGCCAAGAAGUUUCAUUUAAGUGCAAAAGAAAGGAAAAAAAAAAAAGAGAGAGAGGGAAUGGUGUAAUUGCUGUAACUCCGCCCGAAUCCAGCUGCUAGGGGAUUGGAAUCCACUCUAAACGCAGACCAGAGCUGCAGUGUCGAAUACGUACACACUGGUGCUGCGCUGUUGCUGCCCUGCUUUUCGCGACUGAUUAUUAUUUGAAUCUGUAAAUUUGUGGCUACAACCGGAGCGCUUGUCUCCGGACACCUCACCAGCUGAUGUGCCGACCAUGGCUUCGCCUGUACGCGCUCCUGGCGGGACUAGUAGCAUCAGGAGUGCUGCAGGUGGGAGGGAUCACGAUCUACACGUCGGGCGAGGUGGAGGCGGUGAACGGCACCGACGUCCGGCUGAAGUGCACCUUCAGUUCCAGCUCGCCCAUCCGGGCUUCCUCUGUCUACGUGGCCUGGAACUUCCGACCCCUGGGCCCCGGGCGCGAGGAGUCGGUGUUUUUCUAUCAAGACAAGCCCUACCCGCCCACGGAUGGGCGUUUCCGAAAGAAGGCGACGUGGGCGGGGGACAUCAUGGGCGGCGACGCUUCCAUCAUGCUGCGCGAGGUGAAGUUCACCUUCAACGGGACGUACAGCUGCCAGGUGAAGAACCCGCCGGACGUGCACGGGAUCGCCGGGGAGGUGGAGCUGAAGGUCGUCGCUUCAGCUUCCUACUCUGAGAUCGCCAUUCUGGCGGGCGCCGUAGCGGGCGCCAUCGGGGUGAUGAUGCUCAUCGCCGGCUUCAUACUCUGCGUCAAGCGCUGCCACAGGGCGCGCCUGGAGGCGGACCCCGACCAGCCCCCCCGCGAGAGGAAGGACCCCACUCUGUGCCAUCCUGCGGAAGCAGUUCACCUGUACGUACAGAGUGACGUGGAGAUCGAGAUUGACAGCUCUGAUGGAGAGCUCUCUGAGGUGAGCUCCAAUGAGCCCAGUGAUUCAGACGACGAGGAAGACGACAGCUCGGGCGGCGAAGUGGAGGAUGAUGACGACUGACCCCAAAACUCCCUGACGGGGAGGGAGGGAGGAACGCCGUCCUGGCAGCCGCAGAGAGGAGAAGCCGGACAGAGAGAACAGCCCUGGAUGGAGGGAGGGGAGAUCCAUUCUGUUUCUUUGGCGGAGUGUGCUUUCGAUGAUGAUGGUGGCAGGUGAACUAAAAAAAAAAAAACAAAUGCAAAUGGCCGCAUUCAAAAACCACUGAAAAAUGAUAUCCCCCCCCCCCCCCCUUCAUUUUGUCCAGUUUCAUUAGUGCUGCCCUACUGCCUCAGUUGUACCGCUGCAAUUUGUGGCCAACCCAAAGUGAGAAACACUGCUUCCUACACGACAGGAGAGGCGCUGCGAUGAGUAUCCUGCAUCACCGGCCCUUUCACGACAAGCCAUGACAAGCCUACCGUAGCGCCUGGAGCCAUGUCGAGGAUGAAAACAUGCAAUUUGAUGUGAUUGUUUUAGAGGAUGAAAUACUGUACUCAUCUGAGCCAUUCAAUGAGCCCAUUAACUGACAAGAAUCCGCCCAUUCGGUUCCACCGUAAGCCAGCCAUGGUUAGAGUCCUUCGGAAGAGCUGGUCUGCCCCCUAAAGGAAAGAUGUUGUCUUAGUGCUGAGAAACACAUGCAGGGCAGAGCAGGAAAAAAAAAAAGUUUUAAAGUCUAGAUGAAAAAGCCUUCAAACACCGGCCUUGAAGAGGUUGAGCGUGCAGUUCAGUUCCGCUUGAUACGCACGACCGUAAGUUUGUCGGUCGGAGUUGCUCAAAGGGGUGUGCCGCUCUGCUGUCUGGAGUGGGAGGACAUGCCUUCUUGCCGUAGGCUGUUAAGAAAGCCCCCCUCAGGCAAGCCCCCGGGUGACUCGCAGGUCCCGACUGUCCGGUUUCAGGUCUCAAGCAAACGUGAGUACAUUUCUGUGUGGGAACUGAACCAAAAUGACUUGUCUAAACUGCACUACACGGUUCGCUUCAGUCAAGGAAAUCACCUCAGAUGGUUAUGGAGCAGAACCUGUUUCAAGUAGGCGACAAACCAGAAGGACAAUAACACACAACAACAACAAAAAAAACAAAUCUGCGGUUUCGAAGGCAGACGGGAUUUGCGGUGCUUCGGGGCCGAGUCGGACCCUAAAGUGGAGAUGCCUCUGCCCUUGAAAAAGAGUAAUCUAAAUUGCCAUCAAGAUUUGAGAGUCGAUGGCCCUGCCAGAUGUGCCCAUAGCAGAACGAAUGCAGUCACUGCUUGCAAGUCGCUGUUAUGGAUCCCCCCCACCCUCAAAAGAAGCCCUUUCGCUAAACUCGGAUGUGGGGGGUGUGGCUGUUGCUGCCAGCUGUCCGCUCUUCAGUCAGGAUCUCUGGUAAAGCUGUGACCCGUAUUCCUUGGAACUGGUGCCAUUUUGGCUCCGGGAAUGCUUGUGCAUUAACUGUUCUGAGCCACACCUUGCGCGAUUACUGGCAGACGACGCCUACGCAACAAACAAUGCGGCGGUCAUGCGGAGUGUGUGCUUUUUUUUUUUUAAGUUACAGUUACAGUUACAGUUAAGUUUAAGUUUUUAAGAGCGAUCGUGAGAUUGGGCUCCGGUUUUACGUUUCUCCCUGAAAUAUCCACGCUCUGGAAAUUUCCGCGCCGUGUCAGAUCCGUGCCGCGUUGAUCGUGGACCAGAUUCGGUCACGAGCGAGUUUUCAAAGCUGGCACCACGCCGCAUUUGCUGCGGGACUUGCGGCUGUGAGCGCUGUGUUGUCCAGGGUAGCGCUACCUUGCGCCGAACCGUUCACAAAGAGAGUGGCAGACAGAUCUGAAAACCCUGGAAUGAAAUGAUCUCUCUCAUUUAUGUGCUGCAGCUAAAGAGGCAUUGCAGGAACACUUUUUGAUGUUAAGCUUGUACAAUGAAGAUGAUUUUAUUUUGUAAGGUUGACAAUUGAAAAUUGUAUUUUUGUUGCUCAUUUUAUUUGUCUAUCUUGCAGUGUUUUACACCUCUUGCUGAAUUCGGAGAAAAUGCUUUUAUAAUUAAAUGUACUUUUUUAUACAUACUAAA